AAACCGGGGCAGAGAGCAUUGCAUCGUGUGACAUUGUAGCACACAGGCAAGGCCAUUCGUUUUUUUUGUUUUGUAAUCCUGCAUUGCUCAACGUGCGUACCGAUGGAUGGUUUCAAUCUGGCGGCGGACAACCCCACACAAGACCACACCUUGGGUGACGAUUAUAGUAUACCCCGAAUGUCCGGAUUUCAAGCCACUAGAACUGGAUCAGAAUAUCAUAAAUCUACGAAAAAAAUCAAUACUCUUUGCUAGUAUAAAAGGUAGUAGAAGGAUUCUAGUUACUGUAGCCACACUAAGUAGAUACCCAUUGAUCCGGCCGGUCUGGCUGCACCAUAUGGUGCAGCUAGCUCAGCCAAAUCGCUAGGUUCCUAGAGUAGCUGGAGUUGCUAGAAUUACUCUCCUACCUUCUAUAGAAACAACAAUAUG